AUGGAUUCAAAAAAUGUGUCAAACAUGAAUGUUGUUGUUAAGAAGACAAAGGGUCGGCAAAAGAUUGAGAUGAAAAAGAUAAGCAACGAGCGGAACCUUCACGUGACGUUCUCUAAGCGUCGCAAUGGUAUUUUUAAGAAAGCGAGUGAGCUUGCAACCCUUUGCGGCGUGGACCUUGCUGUUAUCGUGUUCUCACCUGGUCAACGAGUUUUCUCCUUUGGCACCCCUAGUGUUGAUUCUGUCAUCCAACGCUACACGGGGCAAGCCCCACCUCCCCUCCUUAACUUAGACCUCAACGAGGCCCACCUCACCGUGGACGAGCGCGAGCUCCACGCACACCUUGGUUACCUAUCCAACCAGAUUACUAUAGAGAAAAAGCGUGAUGAAGAAUUGAAUCAUUUGCUGAAGACUGCAAAGAAUAACUUUUGGUGGGCCACCCCAAUUGAAAGAAUGGACAAAACCCAACUUGAGAAGUUCAAGACUGCAUUGCUGGAUUUGAAGACACAUAUUAAUUUGAAAAAACAAAAGCUCCUGAAUGAGAGCACUUAUAUCUCUCCUCACAUUUUUGCAGGUGGAAGCUCUUCCUCCAAUGUUAAUAACAAUGCGACUGUGCUUCCACAACCAUUGUUGAGGAACCUUGUGAUUGAUGGGAGCAUCACUAGCCACCAACAAUUUAAUAAGAACUUAGAUGGACAUGAACAUGGACCUGGACCUACUUUUAGGUUCUUUUGA